AUGCAAAAACUCAUCCGUUUACGAAAUAUCGUUCUCGGAGUGGUUCUCACCAUGACCGUAGGACUAGGAUCAAUGGCAGUCCUCAUGGGAAUCUUGUCCUAUUCCUUACCCAAUAUGGAGAAUGAAUAUAGGAUCAAGAGAGAAUGUACAGUAUUGGAACCACACACGGAAUGUUUGAAUCAUUGUUCUCAUGGCAUUAUUGGAGAGGAACAUUGCGUCCUGUAUUGUAGAGCUGUGGUUCGGGUGCAUCCCGAAGAUGAUGCAGGCUUUUGUUUGGAUCAUCAUCAGAUCCGUAAAGACAAUCAUCAUGAUGAGAACAAGGCUUUGGGUGUUUCUUCUUCUUCUUCUGUUGUUAUUGAACGGAAACAAAACGAUGACUCUACAUCAUGUUCUCAUCCAUUGGAAAUGAGUAGGAAUAGAACCACUCUAGAAUUUAGUGAGCACUCCAUGUUUUAUGAAUUACUAAGCGGAACGAAUAUUACAUGCUAUUUGGACUCCGAACUCGAUGAUGAUUCCGUUUCGUUUGAAAAACUCUCUCCAGUGCGUAAUAUAUUAUACGUGAUUGCCAUCACAUGUGCCUUGAUUGCCAUCAUGUUUCUAGUUGUAUUCAUCAUUGGUUUGGUGAGUGUAUUCAUUCAUGGAAUAUUGCCUCAUCGACUUCAAUAUAAGAGACAUGAACAUUAUGAUCAUUUGGAAGAGGCGUAUGAGAGAGUGCAUGGUCGCUCGGCAUCUUCUCGAGAGUUAUCGAGUAGUGGAGGCGUGUAA